AUGAAACGAGGUGAUUUUUUUACAUAUAGUUCAGUCAACUUCCUUAAAACUCGAUCCUCUUCACAAGUGCCUAUUGACGGUUCUUCACGAUAUCUCGGUGAGUACACAGAUAAAGCAACGAUUAACGACUUAUUUUUUUAAAGGUUUCUGUUCAUAGAACGGAUAUACAAUAAAUUAGGUACAAUCACAAUCUUGGAAACGUGAUUUGCUUGAAUCGCGCGUACGUCAACAAGUCCUCUCUAUCAGACUAGAGUUUUACAGACGAAAGCAACUACCAAUAACAAAAUGCAACAGAAAAAAAUUCCUCGCGCCAUCACGCAAACAGGUUUCAAAAGUAAGCAGCUUAGAGACCAACACUUAUAAAUUAGACACUAAGUUGAUGUAAGGAGCGGGCGUCGAUAGAAAGAAGAAAAAAAGAGUAUCGGAAGAAGCCUGUUUUACCGACGGCAUCAGUCAUUUGCACCCUUGGUGUUCGACCAUGUCCAUCAAAACUCCAUUCACGGAACCAAAAAGGAAAAUGAAAGUGUUCAAGGUUAGCUUUUUUGUUUUGGAGAAGAUGACUUUGUUGAUCGGGUUGCCAUGCGACAACAACGAAAACUGAACGAGGAAGUGAAUGACAAUUUGGCCGUGAAGAGGGAGGAAGGUUUUAUCUGUUGCUCACGUAUAAAGUUUGAUCACAGCGAGUAUAGAAAAAAAAUUAAACCAGUUGAUUUUGAUAAAUGCACUGAAGAGUUAGGUGAUUCCAGUCCAGUUCGAAAACGAUUACAACUUCGAGUAGCACUCCAACAGACCGCUUAUGUAAUACUUUACACAUGA